AUGAACAUAGACCAGAUCAGACCAAACUGUCCAUAUCCAUGUCUGAGAUUUUUUUAUAUCUGGGACUUUUUGUCCGCAUUAAUGCUGGCCAUAUCUCUUGUUAAUUCUGGCCAAAAGAUAUCUAAUAACGGUCUAUAUCCCAACUGUCCUGCGGACACAGUCCUGAACAUGGAUUUUAGACGUCUCGUAUUUGCCAAAAAUUACCAGGAUAACGUCC